AUGAAGGUCCAUGCAAGAUCUUCCUUGCUUUCAGUAUCUUCCUAUAUUCUCCUCCUUUCUUUACUUCUCCACAUUUCCAAUGCUACAACAGAUGAUCUGCUCAUACCAGUUGGCAGCUCCUCCCAGGAGAUUGACCUUGUGUCAUUUCUAAAUACAAAAAGUCAGCAGCAUGACGCUAUCUUCAAUGAAGCUCUUAGCCUUUUAGAGUCCAUGAAGUCGUCUCCGUCUUGCAACCGGAUGGCAGCUACGAGACUCGUUACGUCUUGCCAGUCCAUUGGAGGCAAGGCAGACCGAAAUGAGGCUGAUAACUACGUGACUCUAGACCAUGUCAAGUCCCUAUAUGCGGCAAGACUUGCUAUCUGUGAACUGAAUGGAGCAGGAGCCUCUGUUCCUCCUCCAUGUUUAUCUGUGACUGUUCCUCCAGCGCAGAAGAAAGGUUUUUUCGGAUUCUCCACCAAGGGCAAGUCUCAGACGACGAUGGUAGACUCAAUGCCGGCUGGUACGCUGGAGUCUUGCCUGAGAUCAUUGGAAUCACGCCCCCAAUGGUGGACAUCUUAUAGUAACAGCAGGCAGAAUGCUGUGGUUAUAUGCCAGGCAGCAAGGGUCGAGAUUGAAAAGGAGGAACUACUAGAACUUCACAGAUCGACUGUUGAGAAUACAUUUGAGCUCAACAACAGGCUUCAGGAAGUUUUACGGAAUGCAGCAGCGGAGUCUUUGCGACAUAAAGACUUUUUACGUGAAGUUGACGCCAUGAGGGCAAGAGUAAGUUAUGAACUGGGAGAGACGGAAUCAUAUAUUAAACGAAAAUUUUCCAAUCUCCUAAAUGACGUUGAAUCUGCGGUUGGGUCGGUGGUUUCUGGUAUGACCUCAGCGCUCGGGAGAGUACAUAUGGAGACUACAAUCCUGGAGAAGGACAUCAAAAAUGCUACCAGCAGAGUCGGCCAUCUACAGAUGGUGCUUCAGUCAGUGCAUGAAGAGGCUUUAGCAAGGGGUGAAAAAUUGCUAGAUACGCAUCAACGAAAUGCGCAGGCAAAUUUCGAGCUUGCCUCAUCUCUACAAUCAUCCUUAGAAUCGGUUCUAAAGAGUGACAUAGUCAGUAUCUCUCAAAAGGUCGAAAACUUCGAUUCCGCACUGGCAUGGCUGAUGGGAAGGAUGGAUCUUAUACUGCAACAAGAAGUCAAGAUAUCAGAGCAUCUGCGAGACUUUGAGACAGCACUAGAAGAGUCUGAACUGAGAGCUGAGAGAUUACGGGAAUCACAAUCGUUGCAAUCUGAAGCCAUCGCAGCACAGUUUCAGGCUCAAGAAACCCUCCAAGGGAAUAUGAAAGUCGCACAGACUUUACUCGACAAAGCAACUGCCACAGCUGCCAAUCUGCAGUCGAUGAUUGAUGAGACGGGAGGAAGACUCAGAGACUCUCCCACUCUGCGCAACGUGUUUAGCGCAUUCGCUCCUGGGACUUUAUGUGCUCUUCUUCUCAGUGUCAUCGGGGCUCAGAAUUAUAGAGCUGGUAUAACAGCGCUUUUUAUUUAUACCCUCCUUUCAAUUGCCACGAAAGUCUUUUAGUUGAUCAUCUUUCAUUUAUGAUGAGUUUACGCCUAUUUCACUUUAUUUUAUUAAAUAUCAUCGGUGUGGCGUCUUAUCUAGCGUUCGGCUCUUGUUUUUACCUCUCAUUUCACGUUGCUUGCAUUUAUUAAGGAUCAUGACGAUGACACCGCCAUAUACAGCAGACUUGACGGUUUUCUGUCUUUAUCGGCAGGACUAAUACCCCCUUUUGCUUUGGGGAUCGCUAAG